GAAGACGUCUAUUAUUGAUACCUGGUGUGGGUGAUGAAGACUGAGGAACGUUAAACUCUGCACUACUGUUCCUGUGUGGUGGAUCGAACUGUCUGCCGUCUAGAAACCAGUCAGAUUAGCUUACGUAAUGGCACCGAGGUCAUUCUGGYGAGAUGARACGCCAACUUGUAGUCAAUUCUUGUUUACAAAUCGAUGCUGCUCAGUAAUGGUCGUAAGUACUGAUGUUAAUGYUGAUAUAUAUCGUCGUAUGACGUAAGUACGAUACUGUUGUCACGUGAUAUCAGGACAGCGCACAUUAAGUGAACUGACAAAGUGUGAUGAUGGAAACCCCCAUACAUCGGGCAACUAUAAAAUACAAUACUCAAAGAAAAUGGGCGAUUUAUUUGCGCAUAGUUACUUAGUGGGUAGGCUGAUGGUCACCAUAAAAAAUGACUGCUAUAGUGACCCCCAUACAUCGGCCACACAUAAAGAAUAAUAACCAUGUAAAAUGAGCAACCGUUUAAUACGGUCAAAUAACGACCAGUUUGCUGCAAUUCACCAUACAAAAUGACUGCUAUGGUGACCCCCAUACAUCGGCCACCUAUUUGUAAAAUACGGCCAAAUACCCACCAGUUUGCUGAUCGCGAUCACYAUACAAAAUGACUAUGGUGACCCCAAUACAUUUGCCAUAUAUAUCAGACAAUUACUAGAGAAAACUGAAAACUCUUUAGUACGGUCACCAACACAUACCGACCAUUUCAUAUCAGUAGKGCUGAUGUUGUGUCGAGUUUCCUUUAUUCAUUUUCAGCAAUUUCAGAAAUGUCUAUUUUCGGUAAAGUAUCCAUUCGAUUUUCUGUGGGUAAUAUCUGACCGUAAUAUAUAUUUUUUGGAAUACUUUACUAUAUACUCUGUUGUCACAAAUCAGUGAAGAUUUAUUACAUGGAGCUAAUCUAAUAUACGACUAAUUGGCUGGGAUCAAAAUAGGUAAGUGGUUUACAAGUGUUGUGUUAUUUUAUGGAUAUUAGUGCUGCAUUCACUGUUCACAAUAAACUCUUAAAUCAAACUGAUUUGAUCGUCAUUUCGUGUCCUUUUGGUUUAGACUUGAACUCUGACUGAUCACGUGACUAGGUGGAUUUGCCAAAAAAGACAUGAAUAACACAACUAGUCAGAAGCCUCCAUCAAGAUUAGGAGAGUCCUAUUCAAUUCCCGAACUGACAGCUUGGUCGAUCGCUUUUGGUGUUGAAGCACUYCUCAUUGUAUGUGGCAACAUUCUGACCAUUUCUACAUUUAUUGGGACGCGUAGACUUCGCCGCAAUAGCACUUUACUCCUAAUUAACCUUGCAGUGACUGACCUAUGUGUUGGCGGGCUCAGCAUUCCCAUCUUCCUCUUUGUCUUUGUGGAUUACUUUUACUAUAAAGACUACAACAGAGUUGUCGAUGCCAUACAUCGCUUUGUUGAUGCUGGAACUGCUCAUGCGUCCUUGUUCUCUCUARUGUUAGUGUCUCUAGAGCGCGUGCGUGUAAUUGUAUGGCCGCUGCAACAUCGAGUGCAUGCAAAGAAGAUCAUAUUUUUAUCAAUUGCGAUUGCGUGGAUCAUGGCGUUAAUUCUCCCUACUCUGCAGUACACAGGAACCAAGGUACCAGUCUCGUACUAUAUUGGUGUACCUAUCAUUGCCAUUUCGUUGAUCAUCAUGUGUGCUGCUUACUUGAUUAUAUGGAUCCARGUUCGUUACAAGCGACAAAAAAGCAUUCGWAGUAAAUCCAGCGACUUUGAACGAGCGUUCGCCUUGACCUUGUUCAUUGUGACCAUCACGUCUGUCUGCGCAUGGCUGCCUUACGAGAUCAUCCUCAUCAUCAGCACGCUGUGUAAGGGRGCCUGUGCACCAUUUUCCAUCAAUGUCGUCUAUACUACCAAGCUGUUGCAUUAUGGGAAUUCUCUCAUUAACCCAGUGAUCUACAGUCUCAGGUUUCCGGAGUUCAAGAAAGCUGCCUUUCGCAUCUURAGUGCUCGUCGAAGCAGYGGUGGUUCUGGGAAGAACAACGGUGAYCAGGCCAAUAUCCCACUUCAAGAGGUUGUACCGUCUCCCAACCAAACUAACAACACGUCAGUGAGGUGGACAUGGAAAUCACGAAGUGCGAGAGGAUCCACUAAGAGUAAUGGUAGUCCACGACUUCCUGGAAAAGACGCCUGCAGGAGAAAGGACGACCUGGAAGACUUGGUGGAGAAAUCGUAGACACAAGUGUCACGAAGAGGGUGCGAUUUGGUAUUGAUUAUGAUAAAGAGGAUCCGAUCUUGUAUUGAUUGUAAUGAAGAGGGUCCGAUCUGGUAUUGAUCAAGAAUUAUUGGACAACUGAUUUACAUGCACCGAUAUCAAUUAAUGUUACCGGUAUAAAUAAAUGUUGUUCAGGAUUGUGRUGAAAAUAUUUUGGCAAUGCUUUGAAUCAAGACRACAUUGCAGUGAUCACUAGCUAGAUAUCAAUAUUUAUCGUAAUAUUAGUCGGUUUUUCUUAUGAAUUUGAUCUAUUAUCUAAUCAUAUAAUCUUUAGCUUUAACAAAAUGUAGAUAUUGCAUGUAAUGAUAUUGAUUAAUAAUUGUGUUAAAAAAAAUAACUGUUAACGAAUGUGUGUCAAUUAAAAGCUGGGGUUAGCGAAAAAAAAGGUUUUUAAAAGCCACUAUUUAUCAUAAAGAUAACAAUAUACCAUAAUCUGUGCGAUUCGGCGCUGCUAAAACACUUAUCACAAUAACACUGUGGAUGCCAUGUUGUAUUUGCCUUUCUGUGGCAAAAUAUGGUCGUUUAAGACGUCCUAGUCUAAUUGAUCAUAUUUCAAGUUGUACUUUAAUACUCAUUAACCUGAGUUGAUUGACUGUGUUAUAAUUAUGAUGCUUUUUGCGUGUAAAUAGAUGGUUAUCGUAAGUCGGACCAGAUUGAAUGCAUUGGUUCUCUAGUAUUCCAUAUCACUGCUGUCGACAUCAUUCUCGUCAUUAAAUGUAAAAAAAUAAUAAUUUCUUUAGGGUGAUUCUCAACACCACGUGAUCAGAAAUAUGCAUAUUUUUUUACAGUCCUGGCAAAGCUGGUAUGAUGACUUUUUUAUUAUUCUAAUUUAAUUAACCAAUGAUAAGGGUUUGAAUUCAUGGUUUCCAGAUCUCUCUGAUCGGGUAGAACUUGGGUAGAAAUUAGUAGAUAGUGCUGUAAGGCUACAUCCAAUGAAUCUUUUAGCUUAAUGAAAGGACAAUCUAAAGGGAUGAUUGAUUUCAUGAUUAAGUAUGCAAUGURCCAAUAAAACUUGUAAACACCU